UAUAUGAAAGUAGUAAACUUGAUUCCACGUGAUAACGGCAAGGUAAUUACGCCAGGUCCCGCAUCUAGUAAAGCCUUCAAGUAGCAUUUAAAGCACCUCCCUCGUCUUGCGGGAAUCCGUCAUUUGUACUUUUCAGAUAUGGCUACAGUCGCAUCACAAGUCAUCCUCCACCCUUAUGUGUCUCAGUCCUUGAAAUUUGGAUCAUUCAAUGUUGGCCGGGAUAAGCUCUACCGCACAGUUCAGUAUUUCUCUCGGUUUCUCGCCUGGUUUCUCGUCUCUCGGGGUAACAAGGUCGAAGCUGCUCGAUGGACAGCUCUCAAGAGUCACCUAGGGAUUGUCCGUAAACUCAUGCGACUUGGAAAACCUGUAGAGCACCUCCAAGCCGCAUUGCGUGUUGCUUCAUCAUCGGGUGAAGUUGGUGAACAAGUGACUAGCAUCGGUCGGCAGCUUGCCUACUUCGGGUAUCUCACAUAUGACACAGCUCUGUGGGCGAACGCCGCAAAGUUCAUUGCUCUCAAGCCCGACACUGCUGACAGGGUCACAAAGACAUCCAACAGAUUCUGGCUGGCUGGAAUCUUAUUCAGCAUUACGCAUGGACUGCUGAAGGCCGGACGACUCGCUCACGACGCAAAGAAAUUGCGUAACUCCGAGACCUGGGGAGAAAAAGAUCUCAGCGAUGAAGCUCAAAGAGAAGUCAGGCAACUCGCGCUUGAAAACCUGCGCGCGGACACACGCCACCAAUUCAUCAUCGACCUUUUCGACAUUUGGAUACCUGCUUCCAACUUGGGUCUCGUCAAUGUCAAUGACGGGGUUGUUGGCUUUGCUGGUUUCAUUUCCUCUUUCAUGGGUCUUCGUGCUCAAUGGCUUGCAAUCAACAAUGGAAAGAAAAACUGAGAUUCCCUGUAAUAACACACUGCCUAUCACUAUUGUCUAUACUUCUGCUAGUAUUCGAUGUUUCCCGCCCCAGGGUCUGCACGUUCCUCUACUUUUGUUCAAUCUAUGACUACACCACACAUUCG